UUAUGAACAUGGACAGAACCUCAUGCACUUAUCUGAUGAUCUUUUCCAUUUUGGUUUCCAUCUAUGGAAGAACUGAAGGCUUGUUUCCAUCUUGUCGAGUUGGGCUGAUGGUGCGGAGUGGCACGGCGCUGACGAGGGCGCCACACCAGCCUGUGACGAUCAGCUGCCCCGUCAAACACUGCGGAAAGUCAGUGAACGUCAGCUGGUGUAAAAUACUGAACAAAAACAUUUGUGAACGGAUAAGAAACACACAGAGUUUGGAAAUAAGACAGAGACACGGCAAGGUGAAGAAUGAACUGGUCUCUAGUUUGACUUUCAAAUGGAUUUCUGCACAAGAUGGAGGCCUCUACAGAUGUGAUUUAAAAGGAAACGGAUUAAGGGAAAUCAGUCACACCAUCAACAUCUCAGUUUCAGACAAACAUACAGAGUCUGAGUCAACUCACAAUGUUGUUGUUGUGUCUCGGCCCGCUCCUGGUGAUGAGGCUGAGGCCUGGCUGCCCUACUUCUACAUCUGUGCUGGCAUCGCUCUUGUGGUUUUCACAUUAUCGGCCUUUACCCUCCUGAGUUCUUACGGCUGGAAACAAAUACUGACCCACAAGUCAACGAAGGAAACAUCCACUCGUACGAUACCGGACCUGCCCAAGUGGAGCGCUCCUUCCUCUCCCGUCAUGUUUGUUCCAAGCGACCUCCACUCUCCAGGGACACCACCUUCCCUGCUCACCAGUGGGAUCCAGCCUUUUGCGGAGGCUGCAGACGAGCGUAAAGCAUGUCUCUGUGCCGUGUACGCCACCAUCAACCACACACAGGCUGGGAGACCUGCCAGUAAACAGCAUGCUGCCUCGGAAGGAGAUACAGACCCUCAGUAUGCUCCUGUCAAUGUUUCCUAAAUGUUUUUGUAUUGAUUAUACACAAAUGGAUGGAAACAUGUAGACACAAGUAUAGCAUGGUGUGGUGGAACAGGCAGAGGUUACACAGCCACUGUAGAGGAGGUGGAUGGAGGAGGAGGCUUGUGGUCACGCAGAUGCUACAACAAAGCAGAAGCUGUGUUUUAUUUGCUCUCUGAGCUUCACAUUUGUUCCAGCUGAUGCUGCUUUGUAUUAUUUGUGUCUUUUUAUAGUACUGUUCCCCCCUCUUUCAUUUCAUUUACAGACUUGAAGUCUUUUUAGCUCAUGUGACCCUGUCAGCCAUAGCUUUGUCGUUGGUAUUAAAACAUAAUUACUCUCAGCAUUUGAAUAAGAUCCUUCGGGCUGAUCUGUGCCGAGUUCGAGUUGUUUUCAAGGCAGCAGAUGUGUUUUAUUUUAGAUUUAUUUCUGCAUUCCUUCAUUCCUCACUGGAGAUCUGAAGAUUUUUGAUAAACAGCAAUCUGGUCUGUGAAAUAACAAAAAGAUGUAUGAGUCCAGCAUCAUCAUCAUCAUCAUCAUCAUCAUCAUCAUCAGCACCCAUCUCAAGAUGAGGAAAAAUUGCGUAGAAGACAGACAAAUAGCUCCUUGGUGGAUACCGGAAAACAAAGAGAGGGGAGGAACGACGAGGAGUUUUCCAAAACCAGCUUAAGACAAUAUGUCACAGUCGAAUACUGGUUCCCGUGUGAGCCCUUGAAACUCAGUCCUGCAAACCCUUGUUACAAAUGAUGCUGGAUUUUCUCUCAGGAUGUUGAAUUUGAAGGAUAUUCAGAAGAUUACUAUAAAAAAGUCUAAUUUGCAUACAAGUAAUAUCAUUUAAUUUGAUUCUUUCUAAGCAUUAAAUGAUCUCCUGACCA